UUGGUUUAGAAAGUGAGCACAUAGGCACAUAGGCCCUAUCAUUAUUCAUAACAAAUGUAUGAACGUUAUCGUGAUGCAUAGCCUAGGCCUACAACAAAUGUUGCACUCCACCCCGCACGAGGGCAGCAGUUAGCAUACUUGGCUUCUUCGCCAUUAUACCAUUGCAUGUGUUUUACACAGGAUGCAAUUGUUUUGAAACGUUUUAAGCUCUGACUAGGCUUUAUACAGUAUAUUCUCUUCUGAAAACAACAACACAACUCGUUUCAUUAUGUCCACCUAAAUGUUGCGUCUUAAACAUUUGAUAGUCAUUCACGGAAGAGCUCGGGAAAUUGCUGGUAGUACGAUAGGCAGUAGUGCAGAAAGCUGUUGUGUGGUCGUGGAUAGUCCAUAAGCAUGGAUUCAGAAUAUAGUAGGCCUACGCGGAUGUUGAAGUCAAGGUUACGGGGGAAAGACGUUCAGAUUCAGCAGUUAUUUAAGUAUGAAGAACAAGUGUGCCAAUGCCAGACUCUGAGACUGCAGGUAGAAAAUCUCCAGAAGAGACUUGAGGACAAGGGCAACAAACUCUCUCAGGCGAACAAGGUGAUCAGAGCACUGAGGGAUGAGGUGCAGACACUGCAGCAACAGCUGGAGCAGCACAGACGGACGAACCAAGAUGACAACGCAAUUGGACAGAGACGUCAGCAAGGUCGGCGUGCUAGAGGAAAGGACAUCACUGCAUUGGGUUGUGAGAUCCCACCAAACGUCUUCCUGUCCUGCACGUCUGGGGACGACCCAGCAGACACGCCGACAUCGCCACAGGAAUUGACAUCACCACAGGAACUGGAGGACGACUCUGCAGAUUUUCCAGCGUCUCCUGCUGCUGAGGAUGAUGAUUAUGCACUGACAUCACCACUGCAACUGAAACUGCCUGAACUGUCAGUGAAGCUAAUAGACUGCCGUGAACUGCUGGGGCCUGACGGAGUUUUUAGUAUUCAACCUGUAGAGGACAUCAGCGAUGACGAUUACAAUGACGGCUACAAAGGCUAUCAGGAUGACGACAGUGACUUUGACCCAAAAGAUCCUAGCUUUGAUAAGCCUGCACCUGCGAGGGAACAGAAGAGGCCGAGCAGAGGAAUCAGAAGAGUCAAGGAAGCCAAGUCCAAAGAGUAUCACUAUGACAAACGUGCCGCUGCGUGUGAAAACGCAUCUGCUGAAUCUCCACAUGAAAGUGCGUCCACCGACUCGCCCAACACUGAGAGUCAACAGGAAAAGGACGAAGACUCGAUGUCUCAAAAGCCCUCUGCAGAGUGUGACGUCUGUGGCAAGAUUCUUUCUACUAAAACAUGUCUCAAAGUUCACAAAAGACUGCACACAGGUGAAAUGCCAUACGCCUGCAAAGUUUGCGACAAAACUUUCAGGCAGUUAGGUGGACUCAUUGCACACCGCAAACACCAUCCACAGUUGAUGGGCGAACAGCCUAUGAAAGUAAAAAAAAACAAGGACAUAGUGCAGAAGUGCUCCGAUUGCCACAAGGAAUUCUCCUCUUCAUCAAAAUUAAAGAGACAUGUUAAAACAGUACAUUCAGGAGAGAAACCAUUUGUUUGUAGCCAGUGCCCCAAGAGAUUCAGUAGUAAAUCGAAUCGGAGAAUUCAUGAAAUUGUCCAUACAGACGAGAAGCCUUUCGGGUGUUCGGUGUGUGGGAACACAUUCAAAACGAAACUUACCCUUAAAGUUCACGAGUCGACGCACUCUGAUCUGAAGCCAUUUACCUGCACGUACUGCAACAAGGCUUUUAGACAGAAUUGCCAGCUAAAGAUACACAUAAGAAGACAUGAGGGAGACAAGCGUCAUAAGUGUUCACUCUGCGACGCCAGUUUCGUCAAAAAAUGUGGUCUUGUAAAACACCUACGUCGACACACUGGCGAGAAGCCUUACCUUUGCUCUUUUUGUGGUAAGACUUUCAGUCACCCUAACAUACUGAGGACCCACCAGAUAGUUCACACUGGAGAAAAACCUCACCAGUGUUCCGUCUGUGGGGAGAAAUUCAAAUACUUGCAGCAGUUGCAGGGGCAUGAGAAGAAAGUACACAAUAUAUUUUCCCAUGAGUGUCGAGAGUGUGGGAAGAGCUUUAAAUCAGAUCGAGCACUGAAAAAACAUGACUGUUUUAAGGGUCCAACUAGCACUCCAGUAAAUAACGACAAGGGGGUUGAAGCAGCGAAGUGCAUUGAGGGGGUUGAAGCAGCAAAGUGCAUUGAGGGGGUGGAAGCAGCGAAGUGCAUUGAGGGGGUGGAAGUAGCACAAAACAUUGAGGCGAUUGAAGCAGCGAGGUACAUCCCAGACAUGGAGAUGUAUGAUGAAGAAAUGACCUGAAGUAAUUGCUUCAACACUAGGGCUGUAACGAUAUUGUAUCGAAUCGAGAAAUCGUGAUACACAGAGUCACAAUACUGUAUCGUGCUGUUUAAAUUUUUGUCAUCCAUUAGUCCAGAAAGCAGCCAUGUAAUACAAUGUGAUAGCGCUUCCAAGGUUCAAAUGAGAUACCUUUCAGAAAUCGUGGUGUGUAUCGAACCGCAGGUCAAAAAUCAUGCUACGAACCAAAUCGUGUGUUGAGUGUCAUCAUAGCCCUAUUUAGCCUUCCCCCUGUAUGUCUCCACUCGAAUAGUGUGGAAAGGGCAGACUGGCAUCACGCAAAGGCAUUUGUAUUUCAUGGUAGCGCAUUCCUUGUUGUGAUGCAAUGACUCUGCAUGUUACGUCAUGCUAUACAGCGUUGCAAAAGAAAAAAGCAUUUUUGUCACAUGAACAUGCUCGCUAGGGUGCAUCAAACGUCCCAACGUUUCAAAAUCCUACUCUGCUUUUGCAAAAAGCACAACACCUUUGUAAAAUCUUAAGAGAUUUUGGUUAAUGGUGGCACAAUAUUUUGAAUGGCACACAAUUGGAAUAGUGUAAUAAAAUCAACAUUUUCUUCAGAAAAAUUGAAAUUCUGAAGAAAAAUGUUUUUUAUUACAAUAUUCUAAUAUGAAUUCCUCAAUUCUUGUUUUUUUUGGAGCUGGAAGGCCAAAAUAUGUAAAAAUAAACAAAUGGAUGAUUGAAGUAGUUCAAAAUGCAGGCAAUGCAUCUAUACAAUCCAUGAAAGUUAAACAUUAUUGAUGAAAUUAUGGAAAUAAACCAACUUUUUCAUGAUAUUCUAAUUAUAUGGCCAGAAUCUGUACAUGUACUGUAGAAGAUGUUUUUGCAUUGAUCAUCGGGAGUUAGUCAGAGGAAAAAUGGAAGUGCAUAAUGGGUAGCAAUGAACUGAAGAGUAGAGAUCAUUUUGUUCCUGACAGAAAUUAUUAUUUGUACAUAUGUAUUAUAAUAGUCUGCAUGAUAUGUUAUAUAUUGUCUUGUUUUCUAUUUUUCUGUUUUGUUUAUUUGGGGUUAUUCCCGCAUGUGACGUUACUGGUUCUCACGCAGAUGUGAUGAAAAUAUACGAGGGUCUGCGUGAGAAUAAGGCUAAUGUGUUGUAACAUUGUCAUUUUGGUCACACUGACUAAUUACCUGUAAUAUACACCCGUCUCCAAAAGAGUUGUUGCCUAUCCAUCUGUUUGGAAUAACAUCUAAUAACCUGACUUUCAAUUCAUCACUUGGCUUCAGAAGUCACUCAUAUGAAAGCUACAACCCUCCCGAAUGAAAAUGUAUGUACAAAAAUAA